AGACGGUUGCUACAACCGUCGCGGACUUGCCAGCUUUUAAACAAGUUGCUAACUAGCUCAAUUGUAGCGCUAAUUUAAAACGACUUUCUGUGGAUAAAGGUGCGCGUGGGUUUCUGAAGCAUGGCUCUCCCAUCCUACAACCACAGAGACCCAAACGGAAUGUACACUUUCUCAAGUCGACCCAGACCCGUUGAGGUCCGCUCCAAAUAUAGACCUAGAGAACCAUCGCAAGAACAGACCCAAAGGGAGUAUGGGAAUAUUAAGUAUGAUCGACGGGUUGUCAGAGGAAAUACCGUCAACCAGUCCCUCAUUCCAAGAACUGAUCAAUCAGAUCCUGCUACAAAUGAAAGACAGCAAGCUUUCAGGAGGAGAGCUAUUGCUCGAAGACAGGAAAGGGAUUACUUAAGAACCAAGACUCCUGAAGCUUUGCUGAGUAGACAACAUGUUGAUGUGCAGACAGAUCUUUACCUUGAAGAACUGAGCAAUGUUAAUUCAGUCACAGACAUUGAAUGUCAGACUGAUAAGUUCAUGGAUAAACCGGCAACUCCACUUUUUAUUCCUGCAAAAACCGGGGUAGAUGCUGAAACACAGAUAGAGGAAGGAGAAUUGUUUGACUUUGACCUGGAGGUGCAGCCUGUCUUGGAGGUCCUGGUGGGGAAGACGAUUGAACAGUCUCUUCUGGAAGCGAUGGAGGAGGACGAGCUGGCCUGCCUGAGGAACCAGCAGAGGAUCUUCCAAGAGCUCCGAAACAAUGAGCUGGCAGAGAUGCAACGUCUGCAGGAGCAGGAGAGACGCCGCCAAGAGGAGAAAGAGCGUAGAAUUGCCCAACAGAAGGAGGUGCUGAAGAAGGAGCAGGAGACUGUAGAGAAGAUCGCUGCCCGGGCGUUUAGUCAGCAGUACUUGGCUGGGCUCCUCCCUUCAGUUUUCACCUCUCUGAGAAACCAGGGAUACUUUUAUGACUCUGUGGAAAAAGAUGUUGAGGUUAAUUUCCUCCCAUGGCUCAUGUCUGAGGUCAACAACCAAUUGAAGAAGAGAGACACUGCAAGACAGAUACUGGACAACAUGAUCUAUAAACUAACUCUGGAGAGAAUGGAUGAGUUCAAGCAACUGGAACCCCAACAAGACAGCUCUGACCCAUGAAAAUACCUGCUGAUCAACAAAUGUCCCGAAUCAGAGAUAAAAGUCUUAAUAUAAAUGCAGUUCAAAAUAA